AGUUCCUGCCGCGCAGCGCCCGCAGCAGGGCCCCGCGACACGUGCGUCUCCUGGCGGCGCGCCGACGCGACGCCUCGCAGCUGCGGCCAACAGAGUGGGGUCCUACGCUGUGCCGCUGCGGUGGUGUCUGCUGGUUUGCUUUGGGUCGACCAUCGCCUAUCUCAAGUCCACGACUGAGCGAUCCAGGAUUUCUAUUUAAACAACGCUACCGAGGGCGGCAGGGGGCGGGCUGCAGGCCGUCUUCGCGCCAGAGACAGCGACAUGAGCGGCGCCGCGACGCCCGCCGCCAGAUGACGCCGGGGGGCGCUCCAUGGCGCAGUGGCUGAGCGAGAUGCGGCCAGGGGCCCCCAGCCGGUGGCCGCCGCCCCGCCGGCCGGCGCUGCUGCCGCUGCCGCUGCUGCUGCUGCUGCUGCUGCCACUGUGGGUGGGGCCCGCGCCGUCGCUGGCCCACGAGGUGGCGCCCUGCUCCUUCAACACGAUGUGCUCCUGCAAGUUCGGCAGCCACACCGACGUGCCCACCGUCCGCUUCAGCGCGCCGCCCUCGCUGCACGGUCUGCGCGACAUCACCUGCGUCGGCGUUCCCUUCUCCACCAUGCCAGAGCUGCCCGCGGGCAGCACCAUCUCGCAUGUGGAUGUGGUGGGCUCCGGGCUGGGCGUGCUGGAGGCGGACGCCCUCGGCGGCGCCCGCGUCGAGUCGCUGCGCCUCAUGAGCAACAGCCUGCUCGCCGUCGCGCCCAGGGCCUUCUCGUCGUCAGAGGAGGCCCUGAAAUCUGUGGACCUGAGCUACAACGAGCUUGAUGAGGUGCCGUUCGAGGCUCUGCAGUCGCUGGAAAAUCUCGACUGGCUAAAUCUACACAGCAACCAGAUAGCGUCGCUGGAGGGCGACUGGCGCAAGACGUGCGGCUCGCUGACCAACAUGUUCGUGGGCGAGAACCAGCUGACGGAGCUGCCGGCGCCGCCGCAGCAGUCGCAGGACGGCACCUCGCCGCCCGGCGGGCCGCGCCGCUCCUCCCUGCGCGACUGCAGCAAGCUGACGUGGCUCAACGUGGACUCGAACCGGCUGCGCGCGCUGGAGGGCGGCGCGCUGCCGCCGUCGCUGCACACGCUCAGCGCCUCGCACAACCUGCUCACCGCCUUCCCCGGCGCCGCGCUCGACGCCCUGCCCGGCCUCUCGUGGCUCUACCUGCGCGACAACUACAUCACCCAGCUGCCGGCGUCCGGGCUGCGGCCGCGCAGACACCGGCUCGAGCAGCUGGACCUGGGCGACAACCGCAUCGCCAGCCUGCCCAGUAACCUGUUCAACGGCUCGCUGCAGGUGCGCGAUCUCAACCUGGACCGCAACCUGCUGCGCGGGCUGCCGGCGCAGGCGUUCCGCGGCACGAGCGCGGGCCGGCUGUUCCUCUCGAGGAACCGGCUGCACAGCCGACACAUCGACCAGCGCGCCUUCAGCGGGCUGGCGCACUCGCUCGAGGCUCUCGACCUCGAGCACAACCUGCUGCGGGAGGUGCCCCGCGCCAUAGCGCACCUCAAGAAGCUCAAGUUCCUCUACCUGCCGUCCAACAACAUCAGUGACGUGCACCCACGGACACUGCCUGCAUCGCUACGGGUGCUGUCGCUAGAAGGCAACCGCCUGUCACGCAUCCCGAGCGUGGCGCUGCGCAACUGCACGCGGCUGCUGCACCUCAACGUCGGCUACAACCGCAUCGACGAGGUGCGCGCCGAGGACUUCGAGGACUGGGCGACCUCGCUCGAGACGCUGCUGCUGCGCAACAACCGCAUCGCCGCGCUCUCAGAGCACGCAUUCGCGCACGCUCCGCGCCUGCGCGAGCUGAGCCUCUCCUUCAACAAGCUGGGCCACCUGCACCCGGAGGCCCUCGCCAACCUCGCCGACAGCCUCGAGAGCCUAGAGGUCAGCUUCGGGUUGGACCGCGAGGACUUCCCCGCCGAGUUCUUGAGGCCACUGAGGGCGCUCGCCUGGUUGGCGCUCGACAACAACGAGCUGCGCACGGUGGGGCAGACCGACCUGCACCCACUCUCCCAGCUGCAGUACCUCAACCUCGAGUCCAACAAGCUGACGCGCCUUCCGCCAGGGUUCUUCCACCCUGAGAUGCACCCGCACCUGCGCGACGUGCGGCUGUCGUACAACCUGCUGGAGGCGCUGGAGGAGGACACGCUGUGGGGGCUGCCGGAGCUGCGCACGGCGGUGCUGACCGGCAACCGGCUGCGCGCGCUGGCGGGCGGCGCGGUGCGCGACCUGCCCGCGCUGCUCACGCUCAUGCUGGCCGACAACCGGCUGGCGGCGCUGGCGCCCGCCGCGCUGUCCCACCUGCCGGCGCUCUCCAGGCUAGACCUGCAGCACAACCGGCUCAAGGAGCUGUCGCUGUCCGCCUUCCACAACGUCACCGCGCCCGCCACGCACAUGGCGCUCAACCUGUCGUACAACGCGCUGGCCGCGCUGCACGCCGCCGACGGCGAUCUGGAGAUGUACGUGCGGGUACUCGACCUCUCCCAUAACCUGCUCUCUGAGAUCCCGGUGAACUUCCUGCGCCGGCUGUCGGGCUCGCUGCGGCGCCUGCACCUGGGCUACAACCGGCUGUCUCGGCUGGAGGCACGCGCGCUGGGGCCCCUGCCACACCUGGAGGAGCUGUCGCUGCCGCACAACGGCAUCGUCUCGCUGCGCACGCAGGCGUUCGCUGGGGCCGGCGGCUCGCUGCAGCUGCUGGACCUGUCGCACAACCACGUGGAGACGCUGCAGCUGCGCCAGUUCCACGGGCUGCCGCACCUGCGCGUGCUCGACCUGUCGCACAACCACAUCCGGUCGGUGCCACGCGACGCCUUCCGAGACACUCAGCUGGAGCGGCUUGAUCUGUCGCACAACCAGCUGGUCGUGAUGCCCGGCAGUUCCCUGGCCGAGGUCGGCGCCACCCUGCGCCGCCUGCAACUGUCGCACAACCAACUAGAGCACCUGGACAGCAGCAUGUUCCUUGAGACGCCACACUUGCUUCAACUGCACAUCGCCCACAACAAGCUCACCAUCCUCCCGGACAACGUUUUCUCCAGUGUGGAUGGCCUGUCGGACUUGGACCUUUCGGGCAACCCGUUACGUGCGAACUUCAAGGAACUCUUUCAUUAUGUGCAACGACUGCAUACUCUCAGCCUCGCCAACACGGGACUCAGACUAUUUCCUCCUCUUCCCCUACCUCAUCUAGUGCGUCUGAACCUCAGUGACAAUCUUAUCGGCGAUGGUGACGGGAAUGCGCAUUUAGAUUCCACAUCGUCGAGAGACCUCUCUCGGUUGCGGUACCUGACUCUCUCUGGCAACCGGUUAGGAAACGUACCUGCUCAUAUUUGGCCCAUGACACCUCUUCUGCGUGAAUUAGACCUUACAAGGAAUCCAAUAAAGGUGUUGACGCGGGACAGUUUCUCGGGCCUUUCGCGCCUCACCUUCCUCAACCUGGAGGACCUGCCGGACGUGGAGCGCUUCGAGCUGGACUGCUUCGCGGGACUGCCGCAGCUGGCGACGCUGCGCAUCCAGACGUGGCCGCGCGCCGACAAGUACCGGCUGCGGCUGGGCGGCGCGCUGUCGGCGGUGUGGCCGCUGCGCGAGCUGUCGGUGCGCGUGCAGGAGGCGGCGCUGGCCGACCAGCUGCAGGGCGCCUUCAGCCACGCCAAGCUGCGCCGCCUGGAGCUCAGCGGCUGCGCGCUGCGCGCCGUCGCGCCAGACGCUCUGGACGGGCUGGCCGACAGCUCGCACGAGCUGCAGCUGCACCUGCGCCACACGUCGCUGGACGAGCUGCCGGCCGGGCUCGUGGCGGGGCUGGCCGCGCACGUGUCCCACCUCGCGCUCGACCUGCGCGACAACCGCUUCGCCUCCAUCUCGCCCUCCGACCUCUACCCUAACGGGUCACUCUGGGAGAGCGUCGGGACCAAGCCCUUUCCAGGUGGCCUGUUGCUGUCAGGGAACCCGUGGACGUGUGACUGCGGCCUGGUGUGGCUGGGCCACUGGCUGCGGCGCUGGCUGCGCGAGACGCUGCAGAUCCACACGGUGGUGGUGGAGGGCGCGCAGCAGCUGAGCGCGGCGGCGCGCGAGGCCACUUGCUGGGACGCAGCGGCCAGCCGACAGGUGGCGCUGCUGCAGCUGCGCGCGCCCGACCUGGCGUGCCACCCCAGCGCGCUCAGCCACGGCGGCGCCGCGCCCCGGUCGCGGGCGUCGCUGCUGCUCGCCCUGGCGCCACUCGUCCUCACCGCCAGGGGCGCUCUGGCGGCGUAGUCUGCACCCGCAGCGCCCUGGGCAGGCGGGUGCGCCACCAUUCUGCAGAUACCACGGCGGACCGCGUUAGCGUACCAGCUGCGAAUCUCCGACAUUAGCAGUUGUAAAGUCCAGUGAGAUCCGUCGAUAGCUGUAUUCUGCAAUCAAAGUGUGACUGUAGAGUGUUAAACGGCUAUAACCUCUCAUUCGAAACUUAUGAGUACUAAUUGUGUCAGUGAGUACUCGAACUACUUAAUGAAAUACUUCGCGUAACAACUAUUUCUCGUCGAUAUAGUUUCGUUGCUCGAUUUCUGUUUCCGAGACAUGAAACCGCUUCAGCCUGCUAUGGUUGAUGCUUAAAAGACUCCGUGAUACAAAUACUGAAUUCUGUUUGUAAUAUAUCGAUACCAAGGUAUAGUUAUCAACUGUUUGUAAAGGGAGCAGAUUAGGUGUUGUCGUGUUCUGUCAACAGACACGUGUGACACACACGGUGAUUUCGGGUUGUGAACUACGAAAGAAGGAAAACCGAAAACUGAGGAAAAUAGUGAGUACUGCAUUUUCUCUGUUAGAAUCCUAGUACAGCUUCAAUGGACUUGAAAUAAUAGCCAACCAGUUGCAAAGUAGAGGUUUAUUAUACCUUGACCAUGGUUUCGACAGUUUUAAAAGUCUUCUUCAAAAGGUAUCGUACACAGACUCAUAUUUUAUCUCCAUCAAAUAUGGGAGUCGUCGUCUCUGUCUUAUACAUGUGUGUUUCAUCCACUUAAUCUCUACUGUAGACACGUAAAAUUACAAUUCCCGUACAAGACAGUGUCAGUGACUAAGACGUUGGAUACAGAGAAUAUUUGAUUCUACGUGCAAUACCUUAUGAAGAAGACAGUUCUCAAACUGAUAAAACCGAAGGCAAGUUUUAAUAAAUCUGAAUUUUGCAACUGGUUGGCUGUUAUUUCCAUUUCGUUGAAGCUCUUGCAUUUACAGUUGCCGAAGCGCGCCCAUGUUUCAAAUCAUAGGAUGCUAGAACUAUAACCCAUCUCAUGGCGGGUGUUCUACCGUAUACUACCUGCUAUUAAUUGUUUUACCUGCUGGAAAACUGUCUCAGAUAUAGAAAGGAAUAACGAUUGAGGCCUUGAACGAGGAACACAAAUUUCAUUUGGACAGCAAUUAGGUAGGAAAUCGAGAUGGGCCAUUUCGAAGGCAGCACACUACCAUUCGCCUUAACUGAUUUGAUAAAAUCACUCUAAGUCUACAUAUCGACCGACGGAUGCGUGUGUCAGCCACGACACUUUCCUUUUCUGAAUUCGUUGUCUCCCACUAUUAGUCCUCAGUCGAUACACAACUGUCGUUUUCCCUGCAGUACUACUACGUGUAUAUUAAACAGCAGUCGAGAGCUGUAAAAUAAAUAAAUAAAUGAAUAAAAUAAAAUAAAAUAAAGCAGUCCCUUGAAAUGAAAGGGUAGGAGCAGGCUAAAGUAUGAAGACGAAGUAUGCGGUGCAAGUUCCGACCGAUUUUCUAACCUGUACGUGUUAUGGGGCGGACUCUGCUACGCAUCAGCUGUUCUUGCCGGCCUCAAUAUUUUGCACGUUACGGACCUCCCGUUGCGAAAGCUUUCUGAUCGAUAAUUUAAUAGCGUCAUUUUAGUAAGCUGUUUUGUUUAAUUGACUGGUGUUAAGAAAGUGUACUCUCCCCGUGAAAAAUUAACGUUGCUUCAACAAUUCGGCAUAUUAAGCAGUUAAAAAGAUCAAUCAAUGGAAAGUCCCUGACGACUCUAUAAGUUGAUUAUUCUGAUACGAGGAUUGUAAUGAAACUAGUGGUAAAUUUUUUGGACAAAAAUGUUCAAAUGUGUUUGAAAUCUUAUGGGACUUAACUGCUAAGGUAUUCAGUCCCUAAGCUUACACGCUACUGAACCUAAAUUAUCCUAAGGACAAACACACACACACCCACGCCCGAGGGAGAACUCGAACAUCCGCCGGGACCAGCCGCACAGUCCAUGACUGCCGCGCCUUAGACCGCUCGGCUAAUCCUACGAGGCAUUUUGGGACAUGUUAAGUCUGUUGCACAGAGUGACUUGCUGAUAAGUAUAUUGGAAGCUCUACCCAUACAAUAAAUUACUAAUCCCUUUACCUGACGGUACCUGUCGCAAACCUUGUUCGAUGUGUUUGAAGGCUUAUAAGCAUUAGAGAUGUACACGUUACGCGGGACUUCUUACACAAACACAACAAAACCUAAUACCUACUUUCAUACUUUACAGUCACAGAAACAAACAUUUCUUUCACUUUCAUCGUAGUAUUAAAUUCCCCAGUUUAUGGUGAACAUAUACUAGCACACUAAAAACGAGAUAAUCCAGACUGGUCGAGACUUAUAUUGCAAGUAAAAAUGUGUAGCUGCGAAUGAAGAACACAUGACAAUUGUUUUCAAUAUCAGUACAGUUACAGGGAGUAAAUUGUCUGCCAAAUUAUUAUUAUGUUUUUCUAUUCAGUAUUUAGCAGUGCAUUCGUUUUUUGAUCUUAUUGUGCACUCUUUCUUGAUGUAAAGACCAUAUGGCUGUUAAGUAACGUUUAGGGGACGCACAUACAUCCGACAUAUCAUUAAAAUUAGAUGUCUUCUUAAAGACUUGCAUCACGGAACAUAUCUGCGAUUUUUGUCUAACAUAGCUAUAAGAAACAGUGUAUUUGAAGGCAAUGUUUUGUUGUGAAUACAAGAUUCAGAGCGCUGUCAUUUUCGGAUCAGCUUUUCGAUCCAUCAUUCCUUUUAGGGUCACAGUUCAUUGUAACAGUAUUUCCGUUACAGUAGUCAGGUCAACAAAAUAUGUUGUUGGGUGUGUUGAUCUCAUACUGGAACACACCAUUUUUAAUGUAAAUUAUGUUAGGAGGUAGAAACUGGUGCUACAAAUGUUUAUUUUUAGAUCUGUAAUCACUGCGUUUUACGGCUACUGUUGUUUGAGUGGGAACGUUUUUACAGGUUAUUGGGUCCAGUCCAUGUAUUGCUACCUGUGCGAAUCAUCCAGUAACAAAACUUAACUAUGAUCGGUAGUGUUUGUGUUAUUUGAUACAUCAAAACAACGUAUCGGAAUAUUUAGUUAUAGUAGUUGCACUUUGCAGUUCGGAACAGUAAAACUAGUUUGAAGAUGUUAAUAGCAAUCUUUGUGACACUGUGAAUUUGGAGGAUAUUGGCACCAAUGGCUGAGUGCCAUUUUUUCCCUCACGCGUCAGGAGACCUGAUUCGUAUGUCCAUUUAUUUUCCAUUAGUUUGCUCCUGUGACUGGGUGUAUUUGGAGAGCCACGAAAAACCUAAAUCAGGAUGAUCGGACGUUGGAUUUCAACACCGAUUGUCAAGAACACAAAAUUGAAGGAAGUGAGUUUCGGUCAGUGAGUUACCCAUAGCGGCACAUAUGUCGACAAACCUGUAGCAGAUUAUACCACUUAUUGUGAUGCGCGUAAAAAUUCUGGAAGUGUUAAGUAAGAAUUAGAGGAUCUUCGACAUCAUCCAUAGUUAUUUGUGUGGAGGAUGUUAUUUCGAUGUCGAAUGGUAGCAAAAGUUAUGAUCCAAUUCCUAAUGCCAUUAUUUUACAUGUGUGUAACUUCAUCCAAAAUUAACAUUAACAUCUACGAAGCAGCUGGCUGUGCAACCAAGCACUGGAAAUGGUGUGCAUUCGAUUUAUAUGGUGAUUAAUUGUGACUAACGUAAAGGCUAGGUGUUACAAGCUCUACCGUUUGAGGAUCCGUGUAAACUGUGCAUUCAACUCAGAAAACAACUAUAAAAUUUCUUCGGAACCAACACUGCGGCAACUGCACAUUCUUGGCAAAGCUUAUAUUUAUCUCUGAAGUCAGACUAUGUUUAGUGGAAAUGAAACAGAUUGUUACUCAGCUGUGUACAGCAUAGUGUACAGAACUGCCUUCUUCUUUCUAAAGCUGCUUAAUAGUUUGUAACUCAUUUUUCUUUAUUUUAAAUCAGUCUGUAUAACCAUUCCAUUAGAUAAUCCGAAACGGUAUACCUCCUUCGUACUACAUGUAUUUAGUGUUGUGUGACGUAGUAGAAUACUAUAGAGUGCACACCUGUGAAAUUAAAGACGCUGAUGGCUACCAGGAGGAUUGCUACCAUUGAAGUCAACAGUGAAUGUUAAUCGAAGCUUCGAAGCAUAUUCUGCCUAAUCUGCAAGCGACGCAGUGAUAAUCCAAUGAAUCAGGGUCAACUCGAAAUGAACUCAAUUGAAAACAAUUAUAAUUUGUACUUACUGCGUAUUGGGUGUUUCUAACAUGAAAUUAUCCGUCAUAAACGUCAAUGUGAGCCGUUCACUUACGACGCAGCACUGGGCACUGUUGCAGCAGUUCCUAUCUAGAGAUCAAUAGAGUGAUGAGUCUCCCAGCCAAAUUUAGUAUGUGGCUGAACGUUACUGUUGUUAAAACUGGAAAACGUGCUCAAAUGUAUCACAAUGUGCCAAUGAGAGGUAUGUUUUCUCUUUCGCAGAGAGCCAAACUUGAGUAUUUUUUAUAUUUUUUCAAUACCUUUGUUUAGUGGGACCGAUUUCAUUUUCCAUAUCUAACUGUCGUGUUGGUGAAUUUGAGAAUAAGCUUACAGAGAUGUUGUAGUGUGAGUGUGUUAUAAUUUCUGUCGUUGCACUAUGUGUUUACUUCUACUGCAUUUUCAUCUCUCUUGUACUUACGACUGUAAAAUAAAGAUCGCAAUUUUAAGAAUUUGUUACGUAUAUGAAAGAAGGAUGCUGCUAUACACGAUUUUCAACCGUGAAUACGAACAUGUUAGUUUCCGUCCUCACCACUGUCGAGAGAUCUCACAUUUUAUGCAAACGAAUAUAGUUGAUUAUGAACUUAACGAUCCGUUUCCCGCAGUCAGAGCCGAGAGCGAAAUAUCAGUUGCGAUCUUUACCAAAGUGCCUUAUGUAUCACUUCAGAUGUAUAUUGCAUUGUUAUUCUCUAUCUUUGUAUAUUUAAUAUACAUGUAAAGCUCACUUCUGAAGACUUCGUACCGCACUAAAUGUAAAAAUUGAGACACGUAGUCUUCAGUAUUCAAAUAAAGAGUCGAAAGCACGGAGAUAUAA